AUGCGUGUCUCGUCAGAAGCCCAGCGCGAGCAGAAAUAUGAAGAUGGGUCGCCGCGACCGCGCAGCUCCGCCGAGUCGACCAGCAGCAGCUCAGCGUCGGCGUCGGCGGGCGCAGAUCUCCACCUGAAGCAGCAGCGCAAGUGGUACCGCCGUUGGAAUCUCAACCCUCUGCGCCUCCAGAAGAUCCCGCCCGUUCCGGCCGAGCGCUCUGUCUCACGAGAGCAUGGCGCUUCUUUUCUCAGUCUGGCCUAUUUCCAAUGGAUGUCCCCAUUGAUGAAGGUGGGCUACCUCCGCCCGCUCGAACUCCAAGACAUCUGGACGGUGAACCCCGACAGGGAGGUCGAGCUACUGUCAAGCAAGCUCGAUGCUGCCCUGGAACGUCGGACCAAUGCCGGGGCCAAGCGCCCCCUGCUCCUCGCCCUGUACGACACAUUCCGCUUUGAGUUUAUCCUCGGCGGCAUCUGCCAGCUCUUCAGUUCGCUGCUCAUGGUCUUUGCCCCCUACCUGACCAGGUAUCUGAUUGCUUUCGCGACCGACGCCUAUGUUGCGCAGCAUACUGGGCAGCCGGCCCCGCAUAUCGGCCGCGGUAUGGGUUUUGCUGUUGGUAUCACCCUCAUGCAGAUGUUUCAGUCUCUGUGCACGAAUCAGUUCCUCUACCGCGGGCAGAUUGUCGGUGGGCAGGUCCGCGCUGUUCUGAUUCUGCACAUCUUCAACAAGGCGAUGAAACUCUCCGGUCGGGCCAAGGCUGGCGGUACGCAGACGCUCGAGGAGCAGGACAAGGCCAAAGAGCUGAGCGCCGCCAAGGACCAGGCGUUAAAGCAGCCGGGCGCUCCGCCGAAAACGGACGGCAAGGGCUGGGGCAAUGGGCGUAUCAUCGCUUUGAUGAGUAUUGAUGUUGAUCGGAUCAAUCUGGCGUGUGGAAUGUUCCACAUCUCGUGGACUGCUCCGAUAUCCAUCAUCGUGACUCUGGUCCUGCUACUGGUCAAUCUCAGUUACAGCGCUCUUGCCGGCUAUGCGCUCCUCGUAUUUGGCAUCCCGUUCCUCACAUAUGCCGUCCGCUUCCUUAUCGUGCGCCGACGGAACAUCAACAAGCUAACCGACCAGCGUGUCUCGCUCACACAAGAGAUUUUACAGGGUGUCCGCUUCGUCAAGUACUUUGGGUGGGAAAGCAGCUUCCUCGACCGUCUCAAAGAAAUCCGAGGCCGCGAGAUCCGCUCGAUUCAGACGCUCUUGGCCGUCCGCAAUGGCAUUCUCUGCGUUUCCAUGUCGAUUCCCGUCUUCGCCUCCAUGCUGGCCUUCAUCACGUACGCUUUGACCAACAAUGACUUGAAUCCUGCGCCCAUCUUUUCGUCUUUGGCGCUCUUCAACUCGCUGCGUAUGCCGCUGAACUUGCUGCCUCUUGUUAUUGGUCAGAUUACCGACGCGUGGACGGCUCUGAAUCGUAUUCAGGAGUUUAUCGUGGCGGAGGAGCAAGAGGAGGACAUCCAGCGCGACGAUCACAUGGCAAAUGCGAUCGAAAUGGACAAUGCAUCAUUCACCUGGGAACGUUUAGCUGCGGAUAAAGAGGCAGAUCAAGCAGAAAAAAAAGGUAGCCCAACCGCCCUGAACAAACCAGACUCCGAAAAGACCACAGACCAGCCCGCCGAGCCAUUCAAGCUCCGCGACCUCGCCCUAAACGUCCGGCGAGACGAGCUCAUCGCCGUAAUCGGCGGCGUCGGCUCCGGCAAGAGCUCCUUACUUUCAGCCCUAGCCGGCGACAUGCGCAUGACCGACGGCGCCGUCCGGCUCAGCACAUCCCGCGCCUUCUGCCCACAGUACACCUGGAUCCAGAACACGACUCUCCGCGACAACGUCCUCUUCGGCAAGGAAUAUAAUGAGGAAUGGUACGACCAGGUCAUCGAAGCCUGCGCGCUGAAACCCGACCUCGAGAUCCUUCCCAACGGCGACCAGACUGAGAUUGGUGAGCGAGGGAUUACAAUCUCCGGUGGACAGAAGCAGCGGUUGAAUAUCGCUCGUGCUAUCUAUUUCAAUGCGGAACUUGUUCUUCUCGAUGAUCCGCUUUCGGCUGUUGAUGCGCAUGUUGGCCGGCAUAUUAUGGAUAAGGCCAUCUGUGGCCUUCUCAAGGGGCGGUGCCGGAUUCUCGCUACUCAUCAGCUCCAUGUGCUCAGUCGGUGCGACCGCAUCGUCGUCAUGGACGAAGGCCGCAUCCAUGCGAUAGGCACCUACGACGAACUCGUUCGCGACAACGAGCACUUUAAGCGCCUCCUCUCGACCGCAUCGCAAGACAGCAAGGAAGAAACUGAAGAAGCAACAGAGGCCAUCGAAGAGGAGACGGAGAAGCAAAAGACCGCCGCCAAGCCCACGAAACCAGCCGCAGCCCUCAUGCAGCAGGAGGAAAAAGCCACCGACUCCGUCGGGUGGUCCGUCUGGAAAGCAUAUAUCAACGCCUCCGGCAGCUACGCGCAUGCCCUUGCAAUCCUCUUCUUCCUCGCCCUGGCAAACGUCAUCAAUGUCUGGACAUCCCUCUGGCUCUCCUACUGGGUAUCAGACCACUACCCUUCCCUCAACACGGGGCAGUACAUCGGCAUCUACGCCGGUCUCGGCGGUGGCUCCGUGAUCCUCAUGUUUGUCUUCUCAACGUACAUGACGACGGCCGGAACAAACGCCAGCAAAACGAUGCUGCAGCGCGCCAUGACGCGCGUCCUGCGCGCACCCAUGUCCUUCUUCGAUACAACCCCGCUCGGCCGAAUCACGAACCGCUUCUCAAAGGAUAUCCAGGUCAUGGAUAACGAGCUCUGCGACGCGAUGCGCAUGUAUUCAUUGACCAUCACCAUGAUCGUCUCAAUCAUCGUCCUCAUCAUCGUCUUCUACCAUUACUUCGCCAUCGCCCUUGCGCCCCUCUUCAUCCUCUUCCUCAUGGCAUCAAACUACUACCGCGCGUCCGCCCGCGAAAUGAAGCGCCACGAAUCCAUCCUCCGCUCAACCGUCUACGCGCGCUUCGGCGAAGCGAUCACAGGCACGGCCUCGAUCCGCGCGUACGGCGUCCAGGACCAGUUCCGGAAAGCCAUCCGCGACUCGAUCAAUACAAUGAACGGCGCGUAUUUCCUCACCUUCUCGAACCAGCGCUGGCUCUCCGUCCGGCUGGAUCUCGUCGCGCUGCUUCUCGUCUUCGUCACGGGCGUCCUCGUCGUCACGUCGCGCUUCGACGUCUCGCCCAGUAUCUCGGGCCUCGUCCUCUCGUAUAUCCUGGCCAUUGCGCAAAUGCUCCAGUUCACCGUCCGCCAACUCGCCGAAGUCGAGAAUAAUAUGAACGCCACCGAGCGCGUCCAUUACUACGGGACGCAACUCGAAGAGGAGGCACCACUCCACCUCGCCCCGGUACCACCGACAUGGCCGGAACGCGGCCAAAUCACCUUCGACAGCGUCGCGAUGCGCUACCGCGCGGGCCUCCCGCUCGUCCUCAAGAACCUCAGCAUGGAGAUCGCCGGCGGGGAGCGGAUCGGGAUAGUAGGUCGCACCGGCGCCGGGAAGUCCAGUAUCAUGUCUGCGCUCUUCCGUCUGACCGAGCUAUCGGGCGGGAAGAUCUGCAUCGACGGCGUGGACAUUGGGACGGUCGGGUUGCAGGAUCUCCGAUCACGACUUGCGAUCAUCCCGCAGGAUCCGACGCUUUUCCGGGGAACGAUUCGGAGUAAUCUGGAUCCGUUUAAUGAGCAUACGGAUCUCGAGCUUUGGGAUGCGUUGCGUCAGGCGCAUCUGGUUGAGUCGGGUUCGGGUUCAGAUGCAGGUGCUGAGUCGCCUUCGAAUCCACAGGCAGAGCAGCACGAGACUGGCGUCUCGUCAUCCCCUACUACUGCCCAGGCUACCACGGCAGCACCAAAACUAACCCUCGACACCCCCGUCGACGAAGAAGGCCUCACAUUCUCCCUCGGCCAGCGGCAGCUCAUGGCCCUCGCGCGCGCCCUCGUGCGCAACGCCCGAAUCAUCAUCUGCGACGAAGCAACGUCGUCCGUGGACUUUGCGACGGACCAGCGGAUCCAGGAGACCAUGGCGGCUGGGUUCCGGGGCAAGACGCUGCUGUGCAUUGCGCAUCGCCUGCGGACGAUUAUCCAGUAUGAUCGGAUCUGUGUCAUGGAUCAGGGCGCGAUUGCCGAGAUGGAUUCGCCGUUGAAUCUGUGGGAGAAGGGUGGUAUUUUUCGGGCCAUGUGUGAGCGGAGUGGGAUUACCAGGGAGGAUAUUGUUGGGCAUUAA